CUGCUUACUCUGCCUUAAGACCCAAUGAAAAAGUCAUCUACAGCCUUAAACUACAUAGCCCAGUGUGGUGCUGCAACUUUGGCAACGGGCAUUGCUGCGUGUGGAUUGCAUGUUUGGACUAAGCAACAAAUUUGAAGCAGAAUUUCCUUCAUCUUUAACUGGAAAGGUUGCACCUGAAGAAUUCAAAGCCAGCAUCAGUAGAGUUAACAGUUGUCUUAAGAAGAAUCUUCCAGUUAAUGUACGAUGGCUACUAUGUGGAUGCCUUUGCUGCUGCUGCACUUUAGGCUGUAGUAUGUGGCCAGUUAUCUGCCUCAGUAAAAGAACACGAAGAUCGAUUGAGAAGUUAUUAGAAUGGGAAAACAAUAGGUUAUACCACAAGCUGUGCUUGCAUUGGAGACUAAGCAAAAGGAAAUGUGAAACGAAUAACAUGAUGGAAUAUGUCAUCCUUAUAGAAUUUUUACCAAAGACACCGAUUUUUCGACCAGACUAGCAUUUGAUUUAUUUAUAGAGACUUAUUCAAGUAUGUUGUCUUUCCAAUGGUGCCUUGCUUGGUGCUCUCCUGGUAGUGACAUAACAUUGGUUCUACAGAAUCUUGUGGUGGUUUCAUUUGUCUUUUGUUUGUUUUGGUUUUUUGUGUUUGUUUUGGUUUAUAUUUGGUUGGUUAGUUAUUUUUUGUGGUUUGUUUUUUUUUUUUUUUUUAAAUAAGAGUAUGUUCUAAGUGCAUUUGGUCAAACUCUGCAAAGUAAUUUCACACAAAUAUUAAUUACUACUUAAGUUAUUUUUACUUUUGCUACUUCUGUUUAUUAAUGUAUCUUGAUUUUCAAAAGAGUCUUUUAUAUGUGUGUGCGCGCGUGUGUACAUAUAUAUAUUACUAUAAAUACACACCUGAAAAUUAUAUUCAAGUGAACAGGUAUUUUUUUAUCCUAAUAUGAUACAACUGAUUGACUGUACUUUGUUUAAAUCCCUUUAGUCAUUCAUUUACAUGCUGAAGUUCCUUCUAAGAUGUUUGGAAACUUCUGUCAGUGACUAGUCAAUUGUAAAUACUUUUAUUUCUUUUUGGGAUAUUGACUAUCCCUUCCAGCAAAAGAAGGAGACAAAAUUCUUUUUGAAACUGUGAUUUUUGGAACCCAGAUGUUGUUAGUAGAAAUCUCCAUGCUUUUCAUGAAGAAGUCCUGUCAACUGGUUCUGAAAAAGUUUGGCUUUAAAAAAUUAAAAAAAAAAAAGGCAGCCAAGUGGAAUUAUUUUACUCAGACUAGAAGAAUCACUGAGAGCAUUGCAUGCAUCUGGUUAGUAGAACUCAAGAUCACAGAAGUAUAUUAUUACUGCAUUUUAUAAUGUAGCUGUUUUAAUUCUGACAGUUGCCUUGUGCCAGCUUUAUUCAUACUGUUUACCAGAUCCUGUACACAGGGGUGCAGAAGGACUUGUUUUAGUAAAACUUAAUUGCCCAAGAGGACCUUUCAUGGGUUUUUUUUGUUUGUUUAUUUUAAAACCACAUAAGCAGAAAGAAGUUUUUGAAGAGUUCUUGAACAGUGUAGUUCCAGAUGCAAAUGCCAUGUAUUAAAAGUCAUCAAAGCAGGGUGUACUGGGCAACAGUGUAAAUUUAGAUGUGUUAGGCAGUUAUUUAUUGCACCCUUUCUUUUGCUCAUUUCGGUUUACAAAGGUUAUUUUCUGCACAAGUAUAAGACUUUUUUUUUUAAACUGGAUAUAUGAUGUAUGCUUGGGUCAGGCCAGUUAGAUUUCAUUUCUUCUGCUAAUACUUCAGUUGUACAUAUCUUCACACAUAGCUUUUGGGGUUUUUUUUAAAUUGCAAAUCUUAUAUUGUAAAAUUUGCUUUAGGUAUCUAAAAUUACUGAAAUUACAUGAAAUUGAUGUAAGUUAAGAACAUGUUCUUUGUACAGUUAUGUUAGCAAGCAAUAAUGUGAAUAUAUGAAAAAAACAGAUAUACUCUGCUUAAUAUUUGUAUGAAUGAAAAGUUGAUACCACUACAAGAAUAGUCGUCUCUUUUUAAUCUUUUAAAUACAAGUUUUAUUUCAAGGUAAUGUAUUACAGGUACCUUGAUUCUGUGAACUAUUUUUCUAUGUCUUCAAAAUAUUUAUUCUCUGUAAAAUAUUCCUUAGUGAGUAUUAUAUUCCUAAACUGUUCAUAGUGGGAGCGUUGUAGAAAGUUUUAAGUUUUCUUAAAUCUAAGCCUUCUGUAUCUGUUCCCAAAAUUCAUCCUUUGCUCAGCUUUCAUCUGUGGAUUCCUACUGUUCACUUUGAAAAUAGCUCAGCUAUGUUUUUCAUACAAGCCUGCAAGGGUGUUUCUUUGACUUGACAGAGUAUGAUUUUUAAUUAACGAAUCCCAGUUUUGUGCUGGCCUUGGUCUUCUGAGUGCCACCCAUGGUUUCUCUACGAAGUAACUGUUUAUAAUUUUCUAGAAAUCAAUUUCAAUCUCUUCUUCAGUACAAAUACGGGUCUGCUGCACUCCUCUCACCCAGAGGUAUUAAUUAUAACCUCAUACUAGUUUCAACCUGCAGAAGGACAGAAAUCUAACACUGAUGGCAACGGAAACUGGGGAGGUUGGACGUGCAGAGGAGAGGUUGGAAUUGAACAGAAGUGAUAACUGGUGAUAAAUACUUACGACCAGAAAUACAUAUUGAUUUCUUUAACUGUCAGUUUUCAAUAAAAUGAAUAUUGGAUCGUGUGAGGCCUAGAUUUUAUAAAAAUUUUCAUUUGACUGUUGAGAUAAUUUGUGUCAUGGAUGUGGUUUUCCACUGAGGUGGAAACCUGUCCCUCUACUCUAGUGGAGGAUAUGGCUUGUGAUAUGUUCAUAGCAGCUAUUUGCCUUAGUUUGCUACUCAAACUUCCCAUAGGAUGUUCUGUCCACAUCCACAGCUACGUUGCCAGCAGCACCCAAACCAAGUGACAGUAGAGGUGCUUUGGGUGUGAUGUGUGCUGAGACCAGAGCAGAGAACAGUGUGGUUUACAGAGUAUCCAAUUAGUAAAACUUCCACAUUAAUGGUAGUGAUGUUUGAGAACUUGUCUGCUUCUAGGUGCAUCAGCAGUCAUAGGCUUGGUUAGCAGGCAUUUCUGUAUUUUAGCUGUGACUUUCUCUUUAAGAAAUAGUAUAGAGAUCCAACGUUGAGCUCUGAGCAAUUAAAAAGUUAAAUCCCUUUCUAAGGAGGCCAGACUUGCUCUCUCAAAAGGUAUUUUGGAUAUUUUAUUAAAACAAUGUCUCUGACUUAGAAUAUAAUCAAGAAACUUGAGAAGCUGUCUACAUAGAGAGAUGAGUUUUAUCUCAGAAGUGGUACUCUCCUGAAGUAGUAGUAUACUCACCUGGUAAGAAUGUUACAAAACAUUUUUGUACAAUCCCUUUCAAUUCAUUAAUUGCAAUGAUGGAAAUUGAAGAUGACAGGAGCUUUAAUCAACUGUUCAAUGCCUGCAGCAGUUGUCAGGAUUUUCUUUUGAUGUUGCUUCUGAAGUACUAAAUCUAUUUAUUUUGAUUGCUAGUAAGAAGACAUUAUAUUACCAUUUUUUGUCACUUGGCAAAGAAUGAAAUUGUAGUUUGAGCAGACCAGAAGCUAUAGUAGGACUUCCAGGAUACAGCCUGCUCUUUGCUAAAAUAACUAUUACAUUAUACUAACUUGCUUAACUUCUUGCAACUCAGCAAUUCCUACAAAUGAUCUUAUCUAUUCCAAAUUUCCUUGAACAGUUAGGUAUCAAGUUGAUAUUAAUCAUUUAGCAAGUGAUGCUAAUUAUGCCUGUUCAUCUUUAGCCUGCUAAACUAAUGGUGAAGACAUCAAUGAAUCCCUGUGUGAGCUAAUGAUUAUUUUUAGAUACAGUCACUUUUAACUGGUGAAUAAAGAUUUCUUUCUUACUGUAAUAUAGUAGAAACAAAUUCAUUUAAAUUUUUUAGUCAUAGGUGGAAGUAAGUUCUGAGGGAGAAGGACUUUCUCUCUGACCCUACAUGAAGAAUUCUGUGAGCUCAUCUGUUGUUAAAUAGCUGUGACUUGAAGUUUAUGUUGGGAUGACAAACUUCAUCAGAAAUUAAAAUAUUUAUGGAGAUAGGUUACAGGGAGUCAGUAAAUUUUUGUAAUAGGUCAGUAAGAGUAAUUUUAAUAAACUAUUUAUGCAAAUCCAA